AUCAAAAGGUGGGUGGGCAGGUUGUUUAUCAUGUGUUUUUUUUCCCCCUACCUCUAUGAUAAUGGGAAGGUGGUAAUGGUAAGUGAGCUGGAUCUUUUGAGACCAUAGGGCCUUUGAAUUAGAGAAUUGGUAUUUUAGCAGGAGGAGAUCAAGAAGAAAACUGGCUAUAUUGUAAUGAGAGCAGAGGGAGUAUAUGAUGUCCAUGCCCAUGCAUCUAUUUAUUGGCUGAGGACUUGAAUAUCAAAAUGGCAGAGGAACAUCAGUAUGAGACACUAUCUGGUUUUGUAUGCGAAGUAUUAAUUUGGAUACAUCCCUAGGGCUGGUGAGCCCAUCCAAGUUGUCCUCAAAAGGGAUAAUCAAGAUGAUGAUGAUAAGCAUGAUGAAGAUGGAUCUGAUCAUCAAGAUUUGAAGGAAAGGCAUCAAAUAUAUAGACUUGAGGUUGGGUAAAAGCACUGAAUGGAUUUCAGUAAAAAACCUCAGAAAGAAAAUAAACGUAGCUAGCAAUCAUGCAGUCUCUUGACUCUCUUCCACAUGUGACUUUCUGAAAUCAAUGCUAUUAUGCGGGCAUGCAUUUGUUCAUAUAGGAAUCUGCUUUUAUAUUGUUCAUCCUAUGAGAUGCUUCAUUUGGUGGCUUAGUUUGUUAAAUGAAACUUAGCAACUGAUAAUAAUAGUUUAUAUGCUCCGUUCUUGUAUAUUAGCUGCAAAUGCCCAAAAGCUUAGUGCUGUUCAUUUUGAGCAGAUAAACAUGCAUAUGACAGUGUCUCUGGACCAUAAAUUCUCCAAUAUUGGAGUCUAAAUGGCCUGAACCUGGGUAUUCCUGCUUUGCAGACUGGCUUCUCUUUUGACUCUACACUGAAGAGGCAGAUCUGACUGAAGCAUGAGUGCAGGGUGGAAAAGCAAUCUGCAUGGCACAUAAGGCACAGUUGCAUUGAUCUGCCUUGAUUUAGGCAACAUCCAUAAGCUAAAAACUUUCUCUUGCCUUAUCUCCUUGGCUCUCUCCAACUGUCUGAACCUUUCUUGCAGAAGAGCAACGGAUGCAUGAACAAUUGCUGAAUCAAUCUAUCUAUCUUCACUCAUUGGAAGAUGAAGAGGAACCUCAAUGGGAUUGAUGCAAGUACUCUUUAAUGAGACCUCAUAUGCAUAUGCACAUAUAUAUAGGACAUAGCUAGGACUUAAGAUGAUUAUUUUAAUUCAUUCAUUCCGGCUAUUUUGAUUCUGUAUGACUAAAAGUUGGAAUACAAAGGCAGCUGAGCUGCAAUGUGUAACAAGGCAGAGAUAUGUGACCAUGUGAAUGGGUGAAAGUACGUCCAGGGAAGAAAAUGGUCAGGAGUAAAAUCCAAAGAGAUGUUGAAGGUAGCAUUUGAAAGUGUUUCUUUUAGGAGAAUAAAAGACUGAGUGCGUUGUGUGUCGGCUUGUCGUCGGGGGCUGCUGCUGUGCCUUUGGAGUCCUUUUGGUGGGGGAUUUGGUCGGACCUUCCCAUUAUAUUUAACUUUGAACUUUUUUUUUUAUUUUUAUUUGUGGGCAGCACAAAACUUGAACACUGUGAACACAAUUCGGACUCUGAUGUUUUUAUCAAAGAAAACCCUCGUUCUAAU